UAUACUGCUAAAACACAACCUAUGCCUCAGUCUCUCUCACAGUUUCAUAGAGAAACAAGCAUGGAUAAAGACAGGAGGAGAAUUACUGUUGAAUUACUGGAUGAGACAUUGGCUAACGGUGAAAAGAUGGCCCCAGAAGAUUUGCUAAUUUCCUAUGAAGGAGUUUUGUAUCCUGCCACGUUAUGCAGCCCAGAAAAUUUCAAAGCACUUCAGUCUUUUGAAGCUAGGAAUGAUGAUAUAAUCCUAGCAGGAUACCCUAAAACUGGUACAAACUGGCUUGACCAAAUCCUGAAUGAUUUGGAAACAACAGCUGGAAAAUAUACUGAAGAGGAAAUUAAUUCUAGAAAUAGUAUUGAACAAGAAAUACCAAUUCCUUUACGGCUAGAAUUUGGAGAUGCAAAGCAAUUUCAGGGAUGGAGAAACUCACGGACUCCCUCUGUGAUCCAGGAAGUCCUACCCCGAGCGUUCUUCCUGUCUCUAUUACAGAUGAUGAAGAAACUACUUUUCAGUUUCAGAAGAAUCACCACAACACAUAUCCUUCCACAAAUCCUGCCGCAAUCUAUUUUCAAAAGUAAAGCUAAGAUACUGCUGCUGCUUCGCAAUCCAAAAGAUACAGCUGUCUCUUACUUUCAUUUUUACAAUGAUAUGCCUUUACUUCAAUCCUUCAACACGUGGGAUGAGUACUUUACAGCUUUUAUGAAUGGACAAUUAACCUGGGGCUCGUAUUUUGACUAUCUAAUUGAAUGGAACAAGUAUAUUGCUGAUGACAAUGUUAUGGUGAUAACCUAUGAAGAAAUGAAAGAAAACCAGACUUUGGGAAUGAAAAAGAUAGCUGAAUUCCUUGGAUUCUCCCUCAGUGACGACGAGAUCCGGACCAUUGCAGAGAAGAGCACCUUCAAAGCUAUGAAAGAGAAAUCCUCAGAAACCCAUGGCAUGUUUGGAAAAAUUCUCUUCCGUAAAGGAAUUGUUGGUGGCUGGAGAGAGCUUUUUACGGAAGCUCAGAGCAAAGAAAUGGACAGAAAAUUUGAAGAGUGUUUAGGAGGAACUAAGAUUGGAGAAAAGAUAAAAUAUGGAAUAUACUGCAAGGCUUGAAGAGUAAAACAUGCAGCCUUUUUAGAAGUUUGAAUUCUUUUUUAGCUUUUGUACCAUAAAUCUGUCUUAAAUAGAUUUUAGAUUGUUUUCUAGGAAUAGAUCAAUUAAAGUUAGGACAAGUUAACAUAAAUCAGGCUAAGGGAAGUUGUAAAAUGAAGAGAUGAGUCUCAGGUGAGACAAUGUUAGAAGUAUAGGAAAUUUUAAGCCAGUUCUAGGAGACCUGGAUAUAGACUGGUGGUUUAAGGACAGGCAAUAGUUCCAGUUUGAACAUAGCAUAACAAAACAUCCUUUUCAACCAUAAUUGAACCUUUUGUUUAGCUUUAGAUUGUGAGGAGGGGAAUGAAAAGGAAGGCCUUGCCCUAAGAUGAUGUUCCUCUUGCAUCUUUGUGCUGAGGCUCCUAGCUGUAGAUGUAUGGAGACCAGUGCUUUUUAGAACUUAAUCUCUGAAACUUGAAUGAGAUUUUCCUAAGAAGCUAGGCUUAGAUUUCAGAAUUUAAGGUUUUAGAUUCUGGGGUUUUAAGAUUUUUUAAAUUUCUUUUAAAUGAGAAAGUAUUGGACUAGAUAAAUAUAUAUCUAGAUAUGUUCUUGUUAAUACAUUAUAUAUAUUGUAGUAGCCUUUAUUUGCUACCAAUGUUCAUUGCUCUUUUAAUACAAUUCUUCCUUC